AUGGGAGGGUGUCUAUUUAGAAAGAACAGCAAUAACAAAUAGUAAGAAAAUGUCCAGGUUUAUUAUCAACUUUCUCAAGGUUCUGAAGCAUCUAAUUUAAUGGAUGAAAUGGAAGAUGUGAGAGAAGUGGAGAAUAUCAAAAAUUGGGAGAUAUUGCAAAUUACUUAGAUUGAUAAUAAAUGUAUUAUACUGAAGAAGCCAAGCAUAUGCUCUUUUAAUUAUAAGGUAGUUGAGAUAGGAGGGGAUGGAAAUGCAAUGUAUUUAGAAAUUCACAAAUAAUUAUAGUAUUCUUUAAUUUAAUUAAGGCAAUCUUCUAAUUAUUUUGUUGGAGCAGUGACAGUCAAUAGCAUCUGUUAUUUGGUGUUCCGAAUAAUGCAAGGUUUAGCAGCCUAAGUUUCGGUCCAGGAAAUGUAAUGUAUUUAAAUAUUAUUUUCCAGGUUUGGACAUAGAAGAAAAUAUAGAAAACACCAUUAAAAGUAGAUACGAUGAGAAAUUCAUUUGCGUUGGAGCUAUCUAUUUAAAUGAAUUGGUCAUCCUAGUGUUUAGACAAUUCCUACUCAAAAUUUAAUGCCC